AUGAGUGGCGAGUCGUCGAGUCGGGUGUCGGCCACUGUGGUCACCACCAGUAAGACAGACAACAAACGUGUGGAGAAGACCUUCGCGAUGGACGCGAUGGGAGUGGGAGGCGAUGGCGCCUCAGAGGGUGGUAUCUCUCACUUGUCGUCGCUGAAGAAGUGUGUGAACCGAUUGGAGACAUCUCUGAACCAAUACUUGACGCAAAUCAUUGACGACGAGACGGAGCCCAACCCGGAGGCCGUGAGCGCUCAGAUCGCGGGCGAAGUGGUGCCCCAAAUGACUGCCAGCCCUCAGAUGACAUCCCAACCCAAACACAAGACUGUGCCGAAGACAGCCCUCAACGACCACUACGACUAUGAGGACAGUCGGCGCCCAUCGGACGGACCCAAACACAAGAAGUGCAAAAACAAUUGUGAUAAUCGAUUGGAGAGAAUCAAAGAGACGGUUAAGUCUUACCCAGACUUUCCCAAAAAGGGGAUCUUAUUUCGCGAUUUGUUUCCAGUGCUGAGAGAACCCAAAGUGUUCACCGAAUUGAUUGACUUAAUGGCCGAAAGGAUCGCAGCCAUUGAGCCCAAAGCCGAAGCCAUUAUAGGCCUGGAAUCGCGUGGAUUUCUGUUGGGGACACCACUGGCCCUACGGCUCAAACUGCCGUUCAUUCCCGUCCGAAAACCGGGCAAAUUGGCCGGACAUGUGAGGAAAGUGUCCUAUUCUCUCGAAUACGGAACCGAUUCACUCGAAAUACAGACACAAUCCGUCACUAAUGGCUUGAAGUGUGUCAUUGUGGACGACUUGAUCGCAACGGGAGGCUCACUGAAGGCCAGCAUCGAUUUGGUGCUCAGCACGCCGCCCGUUCACCAGGUGUCAAACCAACAGUACCUUAACCAACGUGACUUGCCGUCUAACAAACGGCCUCUUCUACUCGGCAACGACACGCCCUCCUUACGGAAGGAAGAGGAGGUGGGAGAGGAAUUAGGAGAGCUGAAACAGCCACCCGAGCUACAGAUAGAGCUAGAGAUCGCACGGAUAUAA